AUGUCCGAACAAGCAUUGCCGCAGUCACGCGUGGUGCGACGCCGAAAUCCACGCCCCAUCAAUUCCUGCGUUGAAUGCCGUACGCGUAAAAGUCGAUGUUCCAAAACACACCCUUGUCAAAACUGCACCGCCUUUGGACGAGAAUGUGUCUUUAUCACGGUGCCGGAGAGCGCGGCACGCAAGAAGCAGAGGGAAAGGGAGCAGGCUAGUAAGAGCAGCGCAGAGUGGACGCAGCCGAUCCCCCUACGCACCAAUAGUUCAAGCACCGUUCAGAUCGAAAAGUAUGAAUCAAAAUAUGAUCAAGAUAAGACUGCAAGUACAACCACCCCCGGAACGCCACCUAGAGAUUACGAGUGGGAGGCGUAUCAGCAAAGUGUGCAGGUGGAUCAAUUCGAUGGCGGUGCUGCGUGGGAGCAAUUACCCGCCGAACCGGAAGAGACGCCCGACGAUGUGUACGAAGAUGAAGACGACGACGAAAUGGAAGUUGCAACUGAUCUGACGAUUCGCAUUGGGAGAAUGAUCAUAUGUGAAAACAUUACCGGCUUCUUUAGACCGCAGUAUGCGGAAGAGCUUGGAAAGCUUUUGUCAGACCAUCCUCCAUCGACAUCCUCAGUCGCAGGACAGAGAGCAUCACAAGCUUCAGCCUUGUUAUCAGCAGAACAUAUGCCAUCUCUCUCACCAUCUCUCAAUCUUCUCCUAGGUGGCUCGAUCUCCAAUUCCUCAAACAACGACAUUGAGCCCCCUCUGCUUCCGUCGAGGAUGGAGGCCGAAGCCCUUCUGAACCGGUACAUAGAGGCUGUCAGUCCUCUUGCUCACGUGCUACACAUCCCGUUCUGCAAACGACUUUUCGAACGCUUUUGGAUGAACAUCGAGGUUGGAACUGCAAAUCCGAACUCAUGUACAGCAUUGAUGCUAGCUGUUUGCAUGGCUGCCGCUGCAUCCGUUUCCCCGCUUCAGGCCAAAUCACAAUUCGGCAUCACCAAAGAAGACUUAUUCCUGAGGCUCCAGAAAGCGACUGAACGAGCACUCCUCCGCGCGAAUUGGGCUAAGACGUCCAACAUUCGGACGCUCCAAGCUUUGACUAUCUAUCUCAUACCUCUCUGCAGAGCUCAGAUCUCUCGCGCCACCUCUGUCGUAGUGGGCGCCCUCGUGCGUCUAGCCCAAUGCAUUGGUAUCCACCGCUUGUCACAUUCCUCCGCGCAUACCCUCACCCCGCUUCAACGCCACGUUCGCUCUCUCUUAUGGUACCAAAUCUGCUUUCUGGAUUUCAAAACUGCCGAAGCGCAAGGCCCACACCCCUCCAUCCGCUCGGACGACUUCGACAUCCCCUUACCCCUCAAUGUCGACGACGAUGUCUUCGAAUUUGGAUCGCCGCAAUGGCAGCACAAUCCCACCUCCGUGCAAGGUUGGACAGACGCGACCUUGUCCUUGAUACGGUACGAGUGCAACGAGAUUCACCGGCUGAUCUUCAGAGGCCGGAUAGAAAUCGACCGCAAAGCCAUCACCUUGCACGAUCUAAGAGCACGGGUGGAAGCGAAGAAGCGACACAUACAGCAGAGGUACUUGCACCACCUCGAUGCCUCGGUCCCCAUCCAGCGCUACGCCGGCCUCGUAGCAACUUGUCUUAUGGCCCGCUGCGACUCCAUGCUCCUCUACCGACAUCUCCCGCAAGCCUCGCCACACCCACGCUCCGACUCCGAGAACCGUCUUCGCGACGUUCUCCUCACCGCUGCCUUAACAACCCUCGAAAUCGGCGCCACGCUCGACACAUUACCCUCGCUAUCCUCCUGGGCCUGGUACAGCACCACAUACCAACAAUACCACGCUGUACUCUUGCUUCUGACAGAGCUCUACCGCACCCCGGAUCUAGACCGGAAAGACAGUAUGAUGACGAUAAUCGACCACAUCUUCGGCCACUGUUACGGCGUCGGCGUCCGCGAACGCUGCGCAGACCUCCUCUGGACGGUGAAAGAAAACCUCGAAGCUUUCUACAUCAUGAAGGGCAUUCCUAAAAAGUCCGCCGCGCCGCCACAGCAACAUCCCACGUUACAACCAUUGCCCCAACCGGGAGCACUGAACCGCUCGCAGUCGAGCGUCACGAGCCCCGAUCUGGGCAUCGGUAUGACGGGUCUGCAGACGCCGAUGGAUAAUCUAAAUGUGGACUUUGAGUCGCUGCUGGGGAGUUUGAGUGCACAGGGGAGUGGGGUCGGAGAGGGCGAUCUAAACGGAUUUUUGGCAGGGUUGCAGAGGGGGAAUGAUGCUAUCUUUAUGCCGGCCGAUGCGUCGAACGUUCAAAACGGGACGAGAGAUUGGGACGACAGUGCGCAGCCUGGGCUACAGCAAUGGGACAAUUGGACUUUCCCCAACCAGACUCAAAAGUUUGAGUAA